CAGAGAGAGAGGAGAAGCGAGAAGAGAGAAGGAUGCAGUGUGGGAAAUGAAUACGGCAACAGGAGAAAAUGCAAACUUGUGUCACAAGGCAGUCCACAUUGUCCGAGAUCUUUGCAAUAAGCAGGUGGCUGGUUUGGAGCUAGGAACUUGCAGAGAGUUUUUUUUGCUGCUGCCAUCGGACCAGAAGCUUCCCAUAUCUGAACCAGACCUGUCCGUCAGCCUCCUUGCUGUGAUAGUUAUUGUGUGUGGGCUGGCCCUGGUGGCAGUUUUUCUCUUUCUUUUUUGGAAGCUGUGGUGGGUGCCUUGGAGGAACAAGACAGUGACAUCUAAUCCGGCUGCUCCUCAGAACGUAUCUACCUUCACUGGAGUCAACAGUGAGAAAGAAGUCAUGGCCGACAAACUGAAAGAUGCAAGCAACUAUGGUUUCUUGGAAGCAGCAGUUAAGAUCAGUCACACCUCUCCAGACAUACCUGCUGAAGUCCAGAUGUCAAUGAAAGAACACCUAAUGCGUCGAACAAAGAUACAAAGGCAAACAACGGAGCCUGCCUCAUCAACCAGACACAUUUCAUUCAAAAGGCAGCUGAAUCGUCAGAUGCAUGUGUCUAGUUUUGAUUUUGGUACAGACACUCUCCAAGUCACAGAGCAACCAACCAGCAUUGGUAGAAUAAAACCUGAGUUGUAUAAGCAAAAAUCAGUGGACACUGAAGAUACCAAAAAGGAUGACGGCAAGACAUGUGGAAAGAUCAACUUCACACUAAAGUAUGACUAUGAGAAUGAGACGCUGAUUGUCCAUAUUCUCAAAGCAUUUGACCUACCUGCUAAGGAUUUUUGUGGAAGUUCCGAUCCGUAUGUGAAGAUUUACCUUCUGCCUGACAGAAAAAGGAAAUUCCAAACCCGAGUUCAUAGAAAGACACUCAAUCCUACAUUUGAUGAGCCAUUUCACUUUCCUGUUCCAUACGAUGAACUACCCAGUAGGAAACUACACCUUAGUGUGUUUGACUUUGAUAGGUUUUCCAGGCAUGACAUGAUUGGGGAGGUCAUUUUGGAAAACCUGUUUGAGGCAUCAGAUCUAUCAAGAGAAACAUCCAUCUGGAAGGAUAUCCAGUAUGCAACAACGGAAAGUGUUGACCUUGGAGAAAUCAUGUUCUCACUAUGUUAUCUACCAACUGCAGGUCGUCUGACCUUAACAGUAAUUAAAUGUAGGAAUCUAAAAGCAAUGGACAUCACUGGAUAUUCUGAUCCAUAUGUCAAAGUAUCACUUCUCUGUGAUGGGCGCAGAUUGAAAAAGAAAAAAACUACCAUUAAGAAGAAUACAUUGAACCCAACAUACAAUGAAGCCAUUAUUUUUGAUAUCCCCCCAGAGAGCAUGGAUCAAGUCAGCCUCCUUAUUUCAAUUAUGGACUAUGAUCGGGUUGGACACAAUGAGAUUAUUGGUGUAUGCAGAGUAGGUAACAGUACUGAAGGACUGGGAAGAGAUCACUGGAAUGAGAUGCUGGCAUAUCCACGUAAACCUAUUACUCAUUGGCACCCACUGGUGGAAAUGAAAAAGUCAUUUAAAGAGUGGCAAGGCCGGGCAGCCAGUUUUGAUAGCCAAGGAUCAUGUCCUUCACCAAAGCCUCCACCAACCCCCUGAAAGGCACCUAUAUCAGUGCCUGAAUUUAUUUAAACCAGCCAGAGGACUUGUUUAAGAAACCUGCUGAUGGGCUCCUACAACCAGAAACAGCAAGUCAUAAAAAUAAAUACAUCAAAUGUAUGACUAAGAUGGAGCAGAAUAAAUAUAUAAGUGGUUUGGUUUUGUCUUCGUCAGUCGUCUCCUGAGAUGUCAUAAUUUGGUGUUGUCCCGAUUCCGCUCUCUAAAAGGAGAAAAGUCCUGAAGACGUGAAAGCUGACAUUGCUUUCCUAUGUGAACAAAGGAAAAUACAUGUGAAAUAUAAGUUGUUAUGUGGACAAUGAAUGUAUAUUGAAGUGUUCUUCUGUAUAGGAAACCAGGUACACAGAUUCUCAUGCAGUGCUAUUGCUGUUUAAGCGAUUAGUGAUGUUUCAUAUUUAAAGAAAAAAGAGAGACUCAAAUGAAAUAUUUAUGAAUUUCUAUGAUAUAUUUAAGUUUCGAACAUUCUUGUAUGUUCUUUAUAUGUGAUAAGAGACCACCAUUAUCAGUUUGUGUUGUCUUUGAUAAUAUUCUGUUGUGCAAAACUGCAACUAAAAAAAAAAACUCACCUUUUAUGUUUUUAACUUUGAUUACUGCUUACUGUUGCUGUCUCCAUCACGCUAUCAUUCUGUGAAGCUAUCACUCUGUGGGAGCUAAACCUCCGGUGUUCCUGCUAACAGUUAGAUGAUUUAUUGAUGCAUGAAAAGACAUCUAUUUCAAUGCAACAGUGAUCUGCCACACAUUGCAGAUCCCUUUACUGUACUCAGGAAGCCAAUGCAGACAACAUCGCUCUCAAGGACGUGUUGAUCACAGUGUCAGGGAGACACUGCAUGUUAUCACUGUCAUUUGCUUAUGGAACUGUGGUGUACCAACUGACAUGUAUGCUAUAAAUAUUUUAUUCCAUGUUUCCACAAAAAGCACUUGUGAAAUUUCUCUGAAUAACAAGACAAUUCUUUACUAAAAUCUAGAUGCUAAGGGUUUUCUUCAAAUUGACCAAUGAAAUCAAAGGGGAUCACAUAUGUUAUUCAAGUCACUCUCCUUCAUAUCAGAUAAUAUUUGAACAAAUUAUUUUGGACAUGGUUAUCAAGUUACAUCUGUAUAUAUAAUAAGUAUCUACUGCACCUUAGACUACGAUCUCGUCAGAAGAGAUAGAGGUGUGUUAUAUGAAUGAUUCUCAUACAUUUCUGCUAACCUUAUCCCCUGGUAUUUUACAGAUCCCCAAAAAAACAAAAACAAAACAACAAUCUUGUGUUUUUAAGUGUUGAUUUGCAUUGAUUAACUAAAAAGAUGUAUUUAGACACAAUAAUUAAAAUAAUAACACUCUAGCAAAAUAGUGAUCAGUUUGGGAUCUAAUCAUGAAAUCACUAUAGUUCCCAACCUGAUACUCAAGGCACACCAGUGGUCCAGGUAUUGUCAGUAUCCUAAAUCCUGGUAAAAUGCCUAUAUGUACAAAAUUACAAAGUAAAAAUGACGGCACUAUGUUUUGUGCCCGGGUGCUUAAAACAUAUAUAGAUAUCUGCUGCAUAAAAAUAUAUGGCAUCAAUACAUGUGUAUGUCCAGUUUACAGAAGCAUAUCUAUGCUAUGUUUCUAGUUGAGAUCCACCAUGUUUUUGAUUAAAUCAAUUUAGUGUUAAUUUUAGAAAAUAAAUAUUUUUUUUAUGAAGAUUAGCAUUUAUAUUACAUUCAUACUUUUAGAUCUCUCCCUAUCAAAGAUUGUUGCUACUGAGCUCAAUAUAAAAAUGGAAAAAAAAGAUAUACCUUUAUUGCCACAUUAAUGAAACUGAACUACAGUGGAGCAUUUUAAUUGAUAUUUUGACCCUCUCAGGAAUGGCACCUUAUGAUCUUUAUGGCUUCACUAUAUCGUAUUGUUUAUUUUCCUGUCAUAUAUCUGUGGUACCCAAACCUCUGACAUAAAGUGAGGUGUGUUGCACUCUAAGAAACAUAAAUAAGUAGAUCUCACAUUGAGGGAUCUAUAAAUGCUAUAACAAAAUUACAUGUAAACCUAGUUGAUAUUAAGUGACCACUAGGUAGGACCUGCUCUAGACUUUAACAUAAAUCUUCAAUGUCAUCAGUAGAUGUUGGAAAACCUGCAGGCAUAUCUGUACUUUGUUUUGUGUGACAUACCAGGACAACUAAUACAAAUAACUCAGGAACAAAGGGACCCUAAAAAAGGGCCACUUAACAUCUCUUAACAUCUGGCUCAGUUUAAAAAAAAAUAUGAAAUAAUAACACAAAUUAUUAUUUCACGUAGACAAUUAAAUAGAUUUACUUUUAUGAAAUGAAGGCAACCCAAACAUUGCUAAAGCUAGCCAACAUAAAUUAUUUAAAAAAAACAACUCUUGUCAUUUAGCAAUUUGGAUUUCUAUUCUUUGCACUGUUUAACCUUUUUUGAUUAGUUUGCUGGAAAUGCAGACACCAAUGUAGGAAAAUCACCAUAAAAUGCAAAAACUUUUAAAUAUGUGUCAUGAAAGCAUAUAUUUUUAGCACAAUAUACCAUCUUAGAAAAAUCACAAAGAUAAA